UGGUCACACUCAGCCAUUGAGCAAGUGUGUCAAUUUGUACUGUUAGUGUUAUAAUCAUUUUUCACUCUCAAUUUCCUGGUUCUUACUAGGUGCCUAUGACACAGGCUAGGUAGAUUACAACAGUUACACACUUGGCACCACAUUUAGAUAUGGGGAAAAACAAGCUUAAGUUAACGAUUUCGGUAUCGGAACCGUCUGAAGGUGGUGAUAAAGAGAAUGGUGGCAGCACAAAUAUGGAGGCGCUGCAUCAAAAUAUCAGAAGCCAGGAUAUUGACGAACAGCAACGAGAAAGGCUUGAACAGUUCCUCUCGUUAAAACAGAAAGUUGGUGAAUUAACCGAAGAAGACAUAAUAAAAUGUGAGGAACUUGGAGCAGGAAAUGGUGGCGUUGUCACAAAAGUUCUCCACAAACCAUCGGGUAUUAUUAUGGCAAGAAAGCUCAUCCACCUGGAAAUCAAACCAGUUGUCAGAAACCAGAUCUUCCGAGAGCUGAAAGUUUUACAUGAAUGUAACUCACCAUAUAUUGUAGGAUUCUACGGCCAUUUCUACAGUGAUGGAGAAAUCAGCAUCUGUAUGGAAUACAUGGAUGGAGGUUCACUGGAUUUGAUAUUAAAAAAUGCAGGAAGGAUUCCAGAGUCCAUUUUAGGUGUAAUUAACAUUGCUGUUCUAAAAGGCUUAUGUUACUUAAGAGAAAAACAUCAAAUCAUUCACAGAGAUGUCAAGCCAUCAAAUAUUCUUGUCAAUUCUCAAGGAGAGAUUAAAAUCUGCGACUUUGGUGUCAGUGGACAGUUGAUAGACUCAAUGGCAAAUUCGUUUGUCGGAACUAGAUCUUAUAUGGCACCAGAAAGACUUCAAGGUACACACUAUUCUGUACAAUCAGAUGUCUGGAGUCUUGGUCUCUCUCUUGUUGAAAUGGCCAUUGGCAGAUAUCCCAUUCCACCUCCUGAACCUAAAGAUUUAGAGAGCUUAUUUGAUGAUAAUGGAAAAGAUGCUAGUCCUUCAGAUAGGGGGACUUCGAUUGCCAGUUCGAGGAGCAGCUUUAUAGGAAUGGCGGGUGCUGAAGGGCCACGUCCUAUGGCCAUUUUUGAACUUUUAGAUUAUAUAGUCAAUGAGCCUCCUCCAACUCUGCCUAAAGCAAAGUUCUCUGAUGAUUUUGUAGACUUUGUAGAUAGAUGUCUUAAGAAAAAUCCAUCAGAUCGAGCAGAUUUGCAGUCACUUAUCAAUCAUUCUUUCUUCAAGAAAUAUGAAAAUUCAGAUAUUGAAAUUGGAAGUUGGGUCUGUAAAGUGAUGAAUGUUAAACCAGAUACACGGAGUUGAAGAAUAAAACUUUAUAUUAUAUUAUUAUGUAUAUUUAACAUUUAUUUAUCAAAUAUUUGGACUUUGUCUUUUUUUUCAAUAGUUCAUUAUUUCAAGAAAUGAUUGUACUGUGAGUGAACUAUGUGUAUUAUGAAUAAUGUAAUUAAUUGUGGAGAUAUUCAUGUAUGUGAUACAUACAUUUACAAUUUUGUGUACAUUUACAUUAUUAUUUUAUCUGUAACAUACUAUUCAUCACUUUCCAACUAUUUUCAUGUAUAGACAGUGGGCAGUGGGGAAAAUCAGUUGAUGUCAUACUGACUCAUACACAUGUGUAUUCCUAGUAUGUAAAUGUGCACAUAGGCAUAUAUGUCCUACCACUUAUAAACAUAGUUUUGGUUGUAUUACUGGUACAUGUAUAUCAAAGUUAUAUAAGUUCAGGAGAUAAAAUGUAUGUGUAAAACAGCAGUACAUGUAAUUCAGUUGAAAAUAACUUUCAUAUUCAUUAUUGAUAGAAAAUUUGGCACAUAUAACUAAUCAUCAUUAGAUUGAAAUCAAAUUUUUAUGUUGUUGGAUAUAUGUGGUAGCCUAUAAGUCCUUCUGUUGCAGUUGUUUUUAUAUCUGUCAGCAGUACAUGUAAUUCAGGUGAAAAUAACUUUCAUAAUCAUUAUUGACAGAAAAUUUUGGACAUGUAACUAAUCAUCAUUAGCUUGAAAUCAAUUUUUUAUGUUGUUACAUGUGGUAGCAUAUAAGCCCCCCCCCCCUCCCCCCCCCCCCCGGGUCUGUCAAACAUCUUUUUUAAGACCGCAAACAAUUUGAGUUGUUCGUUGAUACUUUGGGACAUUAUAUUAUAACUUUGAUUCCGAUUGAGUGAUAGUGAUGAAACUUGGUGUUUAGUUCCAUAAUUUUCUGCUCAUGUUAAGCCAAAUGAUAAGCAGUUUGAUAGCUUGAUGCUCUAUAUAAAUAUGAAUGUGCAACUUAUUAAUUUGUAUCGUUUAUAUAUUUUGGGAUUAUGGCAGAAGACAUCAGGAUCAAUGUUGCCUUGUCUAUUCAUUUUAUCUAGUAUUAAAUUAGUUUCACACAUGUAUGUGCAAACCACUACUUUCAUAGUAUAAAAUGAAUAAAAAAAACCUGCAAACUGCAACAACUGGGUUAAAAUUUGACCAAACUGUAAUACCCAAAGUCUAAAUGAGCUAAGUGUCUUAAAUUUUGUUCAGAAAAAAGUGAAGAAUUGGCUUGGUUUGAUGUGUUAAUUUGGUUAAGAUAGAGACUUGUUUGAUUAAAUUUGUGUGUCAAAAUUUAGAUUCACGUUUGGCUUCAACAUUGGCUGUACAAUUGUGUCUGUGGACCUAAGAUUUUAAAUGUACAAAUAACUCACUUCACAAAGCAACUCACACAUCAAACAAUUAAAUUAACACUUUUAUUUUUAUACGCCUACAUUUUCAUGUGGACGUAUAUUAUCGUCGCCCCUUAUCCGUGCAUCCGUCCACAAUUGUUCGUGAACACUCUACAGGUCACAAUUUUUAUCCUAUUUCGAUGAAACUUGAAAUAUAGGUUUUAUCACCCUAAGAUCUUGGUUCCUUUCGAUAUUGGCAUGUAUCGGACUGUAACUUCAUGGAUUAUGACCCCUGAUUGUACGUUUUUAGCUUGUGGUGCCUCUAGAGGUGACAAUUUUUAUCCAAUUUAAAAAAUACGGUUUAAAUAUAUCACCGUUACACCAUAAUGACAGUUGAGUUCGGAUUUUGUGAAAAUUGGAACGACACUGUCUGAAAAAAUGGCCAAUCCUGUAUGCAAAUAGUGUAAAAGUAUUUAAUACCAAAGUUGUGGACCAUGUAGAGGUCACAAUUUUUAUCCGAUUUUGAGGAAACUUGAAAUAUAUCCCAAAGAUCCUGGUUCCUUUCGUAGCUGGUUAAUGUUUCAUUGUCUUUAUUUUUGCAUGUAACCACUUCAAUCUUUUUGUAACUACAGCAUAUAAUAACUCAUUUUGAUAAGCCCAAUUGUAAUGUUGAAUAUUAAUGUUGCCCAUGUCCUUUGUCAACAAACCUCUAUGAACCUGUUUGAACACAAUUACAGAGAAGUACAAUAUAUUACAUUCUGCAGAGCCUUCAGAAGAUGGGCAAUUUAAAAUAGUGGUGUAGUCUAGACAUACAAUUAAUUACCGUGGAACACAUCCACAUUUAAUUGCCUUCCCCCUGCCCAUACAUGUUUUGAUGUAAGAAUGUAAAUUUUAUCCAAAUAAAGGCAAUGCCAAUCAGGUGUCCAUAGAUUUAUCCAAAACACCUUUAAUUACCCAAAACGCCCUGUAUUUUGAAUAAAACAACAUUUUUAUUGGGGUUUUUUCCUUUCUUUUUAUAUGUAUAGAUGAUUAGAGAUACAUUAUGUAAGAGUUAGAUAAAGCGCUGACCAUUCUUGCUAUUAUAUCUCAAAAAUAGAUAAUGUUAAAUGAAAAUUCCAUUCAAAUUACUUCAUUCUGAGCCAAGUUAUCACUGUUUGUAGUUUUGACAAGAUGUGUGCAUUGUGGUAACCAGGGCACUGGUAUGUUCGAGACUUAGCCUUGCUUUCCCAUUUUUAAAUUAAAUUUUUAAAUGGCGAACUUUAAUUUAGUUAAAAUAUUGAGUGCCCAAUGCCAUCGAGAGUUGAUUAUGGUCUUGUUUUCUUAAUAAAUGUCUAAUUAAUAGUUUAUAUAACAUUUCAAGCCUAAUGAAAGACCUGCAAUAGGCAGAUUAAGCUCUUGCAUAAUGUAUAAUUAAUAUUCCCUAAACUUUCCAAUUUUUUUAAUAGUUCUGAUAAAAAAAAAGUCCCGCAAGUAAAUGAAAGAUCAAAUUGAGCAAGAAAGACAAUUCCUAUUGUUAUCGCCAUAGAAAUAUUUCUAUGGUUGUCAUAGUAGGUUUGAGAUUUGUUUUUCGUUGUAUGUUUCUGAUGAAAUUUAAAUGCACUUUUUUGAUUUCUAAAAGAAGUUUUAUCAUUAUAUGAAACAAUUUUGGGAUGAAACAACCCAAACCUACUACCAAAACAAUAAGAGUUGUCUUUCUUGCUUUGAUCUUCUAUUUAUUUCCAUUAUUUGUUUCAGACCUUUUAAAAAUAGAGUAUAUUAAUCAUCUAUACAUGUAAAAAGAAAGAAAAAACAAUUAAAAUGUGUUAUUAUAUUCAAAAUACAGGGUGUUUUGGGUAUUAAAGGUGUUUUUGGUAAAUCUAUGGACUGCUAUAAGUUGUAUAUUAUUAAAAUAUAACAAACUAAAGAUUUUAUUAUAGGCUGUACAAUAUUUACGUAAAUAAUAAAUUCAUGUUAUUUCCAAAAA